CGUAUUUGAAAGGUGCAGCCCUGGUCACUCUGGGCACGUAGUCAAAAUGAGGUUUUUUUCCGGCCUUUUUCUAAUUUUAUUAAUUAAACUUUUCCAAAAUGCCAACGCCGGUGAGGUGGAAGUCGUCGGCUGCGGGGGAUUCAUCAAGAGCCACGCCGAGAUUGACUUUUCCCGGGUGGAGAUCAAACUGCUGACCAAGCAGGGAUCUCUGAAGGACAAAACAGACUGUUCGCCUUCGAAUGGCUACUACUUUCUGCCCAUUUACGACAAGGGCGACUACCUGCUGAGCAUUUCGCCGCCACCCGGCUGGAGUUUCGAGCCGGAACAGGUGGAGCUGAACUUUGACGGCAAAACGGACGUGUGCAGCCAGGGUCGCGAUGUGAACUUUGUGUUCAAGGGCUUCGGAAUCACCGGACAGGUUGCCCUAGCUACCGGCGGCGGUGCCCGUGACGUGGAUGUCGAGCUGCGGUCGGAACAGGGCGAAGUCCGGCGCACAAAGAGCGAUGCCAGCGGUGUGUUCUCCUUCACACCCAUUAUACCAGGGAAAUAUGUGGUGAAGGCCUCCCAUGCGAGGUGGCACUUCUCCAAGGCGGAGCAUAACGUGGUGGUAGUCAGCGGUAACACCGAGCUGCCGGCUAACUCCCUCGUUGUCUCCGGUUUCGAUGUGGUUGGUCGCUUCGAUUCCAGCACACAGCUUCCCGGAAAUCUGGGUGUGGCUAUCUACAAAAAGAAAGGACAAUCUCUAGUGCCAAAAUGCGAAAAAUCCUCCAAAGCGCCAGCAAAUAGUGCCAAGAGCGACUACGAAUCUGCAGCAUCCUGCUUCUCCCAACUAGAUAAAUCCGGAGAAUACAUUUUCAAGAAUGUGCCCUCCGGCAAAUACUUGUUGCAGGCUAUCAAUCUCGAUUCCAAGCUGAAGCUACAUCUGAGCCCCGAGUUUUUGGAGUUGGAAGUGGGCAAGGACACGCUGCAACUGAAAGAGGAGUUCAAAAUCACAGGGUUCACAGUUUCCGGUCAGGUUUUGACCUCAGCGGGAGGAGAACCACUGAAGUCGGCCGUUGUUAAGGUGAAUGGAAAGAAGGUGGCAGAGACUGAUGCCCAGGGAUCUUAUACAUUGGAGAACCUGAAGGCCGGCACUGUCAACAUCGAAGUGGAGUCCUCCCAGCUGCAGUUUUCUCCCCUGCAAGUUAAAGCUCAGAUUACUACUGCCUCCCUGCCUACAAUUGUGCCAUCUGCAUACGAGGUGUGCGGCAAAGUGGUGUCCCCGAAAUCCCACAACGUGGGAUUGACCAAGAGCGGAUCCACCUUCCACACGACAACGACCACAAAAGCAGAGACUGGAAGCUGGUGUGCCUUCCUCCCAGUUGGAAAAUAUACCAUUGAAGUUUUGACUACCGAUGCAGACAAGGCUGCUGGAGUGCAGUUCUUCCCCGUGCAACAGCAGACGGAGGUGCGAGAUGCACCUGUCAAUGGCAUCACCUUCUCGCAGCUCCGCGCCAAGAUCCGCGGCGAACUCCAGUGCCUGUCUGAUGCCACCGCCACCUGCACGUCUGCUGAGGUUACUUUGCAGGCUUUGGAUGCCACCGGGCAGCCCACGGAGAACAAGUGGAAGGCACGGGCUCAUCGUGGCAAGUACGUGUUUAAGGACAUGCUGCCAGGACCGUAUGAACUUACCAUUCCCCAGGGCAAUCUCUGCUACGAGUCGACCCGCGUGUUCCUGAACGUCGCCUCGGCUGAAGAAGAUGCACCACCAUUUGUGCACAAGGGCUACGAAGUGUCCAUCAUUUCCAGCCAUCGGGCUCUGAUGAAAUAUACCCACGUCACUGGACCUUCUGAACCCAAGGCUCCCACUGAAACUUUGAAGAUUGCCUCUGGAGUAAACACGUUCUGCGUGAACAAGUACGGAAGCUACGACUUUAAGUUGGAAGGAUGCCACACCUACGACAGCUCCUUGCCCAGCAAGUUUAUCACUCCGGAGCCAGAUCAGCUGCAAACCCUGAUCAUCAACGCAGUGUCCCACAAGACGGGAAUUCGUGUUUUGUCCUCGGAACCAACUGCUGAGUCCAUUAAACUUGUGCUCGAAUCUGAGGAACUCGGGCAGGAGGUGAUCACACCCGUUGCUGAGUCCCACAAGGUUGAUGGCAAGUUCGCCUAUCGUUAUGACACAUAUCUGAAACCGGAACAGGUACUUCGCAUUACGCCUGUGAGCGAUGUCUUGCUCUUUGCGCCCCAGCAACAGGAGAUUGUAGGAAGCAGCGAUUGUGUGGAUAUUGCCUUUAACUUUGUGGCCACCAGAGGUUUGAUUCUGCGCGGAAAGGUGGUUCCUGCAAUUAAGGAUGCCAAGAUCACAUUGUCCUUCCCGGAUCAGCCAGAGUUGCAGAGCCUGGAAAUCCUUACCUCAAUCACGGGAGAGUUUAAGUUCGGUCCCAUUGAAGAGUCUCUGGCCUUUGACCUUAAAGCCGAAAAAGAAUCUUAUGUGUUCAGCGAUUAUAACCGUCAGUCAGCUUCGUUCAGUGCCCACAAACUGUGUGAGAUUACCGUGGUUGUUAAGGAUGAGGCUGGUCAGACCUUAGGUGGUGUCCUCCUCUCCCUGAGCGGCGGUGAAAGCUAUCGCAAGAACCUGGUAACCGGGGAUAAUGGUGCUAUUAACUUCCAUUCCCUGUCGCCAUCGCAAUACUACCUGCGACCCAUGAUGAAGGAGUACAAAUUCGAGCCCAACUCCAAGAUGAUUGAUAUUAAGGAUGGCGAGACGGUUGCUGUUACCCUCACUGGCAAGCGUUAUGCAUACUCCAUCUUUGGCUCAGUGACUUCCCUGAAUGGUGAUCCCUUCGCCGGCGUAAAUGUGCAGGCCACCGCGGAGGAGGGCUGCCCGCAGCAGCAAGAGGAGGCCACCAGCGAGGCGAAUGGACAAUACCGCAUCCGUGGCCUUCAACCCGGCUGCAGUUACUCCGUUCGUGUCGUGCCCGACAAGGAAAGCGUGGAGCGAUCCAUUCCCGCCCAGCACACGGUGAAGGUGGGCAGCGAGGAUGUGCGCGACAUCAACCUGGUGGCUAUUAGCCCCCUCAAGAUUGUGGACAUCACCGCCAGAGUGACCGCCACACUCAAUGAGCACUACAAAACCCUGCGCAUUGUGAUGUACCGCAAAGGAAAUUCCGAUUCCCCGGUGUUCUCGCAGCGAGUGGGCACUCCGGUGAAUCCCAAAGCUAGAUUGAAUCCGGGCAUCACCGUAUUCUUCCCGCGUAUUCCUCUGGACGGCAAGAGCUACGUGGUAGAACUGCAGUCCACACUCUCGGAUAAAACAUAUACCUACAAGCUGCCAUCGUCUACAUUUGUGGCUGACAGAGGUUCCGUAUUUAUCAAGCUGGAAUUCCAGCCAGAGGUGCGCGCCGCCGAAGCGGAUCUUAACCAGAAUUCCAUCUCGGCGCUGCUGCUUAUCGCUCUAGUGGCCAUUGCCUUCUUCAAGCAGGACCUGGCCACCAGUUUCCUCAACUUCGUGUGGAGCAAGAUCAACGAUCUGGUCAACGAUCUUGCCCAGCGUCAGAAGAGCAAGGCGCAGGUGCGCAAGAACGAGCCCAUCAAUCAGCGAGAGAUCGAGCAGAUGGCCGAUCAGAUCAAUGCCAUCAAAAAGAAAAAGACCAAGAAGAUUUAGUCCCGACUGAUAGUCGCAUUAGUUGAUCAGUUUAGUCACAUUUCGAGGUAUUCGCGGUAGGUAUUCAUUCGGUUUUGUUUUCUGUGAGAUUUUGUUUAAUCCUGUAACUUAAACUUAUACUUUUGAUUUGCAUUUAAGAAGAAUUUGUAAUUUUUUCAUUUUUCAUACAUAGAUUGAGGCAAGUUUAUUUUGUGUUCGUUAUCCACUCUUAUAGCUAAAAUAAAUAAAUACAAAUAAAUAGAUUAAUUUAA